AUGUCCUCGCCCGAAAUGUCGCCGCAAACUGCAACAACCACUACUACCACAGAGCCCGCCUCAGCAGUCUCAACACCACCAUCCUCGCCACCAGCAGACGACCAGAACGACGACGGCGACUACAAAGAUGAACCUAAAGAUGGCGUCGUCAAAGAAGAAAACAAAAUGGCUGUGGACAUCGAGGACGACGACGAGAUGGACCACAAAUCCCGCGCCCUGACCAACCUUCUCAAGACCAGCUCCGUCUUCGUAGCCAUCAUGGCAGACAAAAUGAAGGAGCAGCAGAAGAAAAGCGCCGAAGAUGCGAAGCGGGCUGCUGCGAAAAGGAAACGAGACGAGGAGCAGGCGGACAAGGAGAAGGGACCUGUCCGCAAGUCUGCGCGUGUUGGUGCCGAGGAGGCAGCAGAUGAUGAGAAGGAGAACGGCGAGGGGAAGAAGAAGAAGAUGCCGACUCGAGGUCGAGGGCGACCGGCAGCCAAUAAGGCGCAGGACAAGAAGAAGAACAUCAUGGACUACAUGAAGAACGAGGACAUCAACACAGAAGAGGGCCCAUCCGUACAGGAAGCGCUAGCAGACGAGGCCGACAAGUACGAAGGCGAAGGCCUGGGCGCACAAACCGACCUCGUCGCCACAGAACAGCCAGCUCUCAUCACUGGUGGGAAGAUGAAGCACUACCAGCUGGAAGGUCUUGAGUGGCUGAAGUCCCUGUGGAUGAAUGGUCUCUGUGGCAUCCUGGCAGACGAGAUGGGCCUGGGCAAAACGCUGCAGGCUCUGUCCAUGAUCGCGUUCUUCAAAGACAACAACAUCUCCGGCCCAUUCCUGAUCGCAGCGCCACUCAGCACCGUCAGGAAUUGGAUCGAGGAGUUUAAGUUCUGGGCGCCGGGCAUCAAGACAGUGCUAUAUCACGGCAGCAAGGACGAGCGGGAGAAGAUCCGGCGGAAGCAGAUGAAGAUGAAUGAGCAGUCCAAGUUUGAGUUUCCCGUCGUGGUGACGAGCUACGAGAUAGUGAUGAACGACAAGAAGUUUCUGGCGAACUAUCAGUGGCGGUACAUCAUUGUGGAUGAAGGACACAGGUUGAAGAACAUGAGUUGUCGGCUGAUCAAGGAGUUGAUGAGCUAUAAUUCGGCAAAUCGGCUGUUGUUGACUGGCACUCCGCUGCAAAACAACAUUGCGGAACUGUGGAGUUUGCUUCACUUCUUGCUGCCGGAGGUGUUCAAUGAUUUGGAUAGUUUCGAGCGGUGGUUUGACUUCACCGAGGUUUUGGAGGAUAAGGAAGGAGAAGACGGCGGCAAAGGAAGUAAGCGGAAGACCAGUCUCGUGUCGACUAUGCAUGCCAUUUUGAAACCGUUCUUGCUGAGAAGAGUCAAGACGGACGUUGAGUCCAGCUUGCCAAAGAAGAGAGAGUACAUUCUGUACGCGCCAUUGACGGCGGAGCAGAAAGAUCUGUAUAGGGAGAUUCUGGCAGGAACGUCAAGAGCGUAUCUCGAGGAGAAGGCCGUAGAGAGGAUCGAAUCACGCCAGGCCUCCAGGCCUGCAAGCCUGAAGAGGAAGGCCAAUGGAUCUGGAAGGACCACGCCAGCAAAGUCUCUGAAGUCGACGAGACACUCAACGCCUAUGUCUGAAGCCUCGGUGGGAUCCGUAAGGCGAGGCAGGAAGUCGAAUCGAAACAGCACGUAUCGCGAAAUCACCGAUGGCGAAUUUAACAAGAAGCUUCGUGCUCUGGAGAAGGCGAAUGAUGAUGAGGAGAUCGACAUCAAUAAUGCCAGCGACGACGAAACUCCACAGCUAUCUUCGUCCGAAGAAUACGAACAGCAGCGUGCCCACACAUUGAAACUGGCAAAGAAAGAAAUCUCCUCCAAAAAGCUCCAGAACCCGAUAAUGCAAGCCCGCCUGGCCUGCAACAGCCCGCACAACUUCUACUGGCCCUUCGGCCCCCAACUCGCGGCUGGCGAGGACGACCAGGAAGACAUGUAUGAGGACAACUACACCGAAGUCGACGAGUCUCUCAUCACCGCAUCCGGCAAGAUGCUCCUCCUCGAUACCUUACUCCCACGCCUCUUCAAACUCGGCCACAAGGUCCUCAUCUUCUCGCAGUUUAAGACCACCCUCGACAUCCUCUCCGCUUAUGCCUCAGAUCUCCGAGGCUGGAAAACGUGUCGUAUCGAUGGGUCCAUCGCACAGGACGAGCGGUACGAGCAGAUCACGGCAUUCAACACGGACAAGUCCUACCAGCUCUUCCUCUUGAGCACUCGCGCUGGCGGACAGGGCAUCAAUCUGACAGCCGCAGACACUGUGGUCCUGUUCGACUCAGACUGGAACCCACAGCAAGACUUACAAGCCAUGGACCGCGCUCACCGGAUCGGGCAGACUCGGCCUGUGAUUGUUUACCGCCUCGCUACACGUGGCACAGUAGAAGAGAGUCUAUUGCUAAAAGCAGAUGGCAAGCGGCGCCUCGAGAAACUCGUCAUCCAGAAAGGCAAGUUCAAAAGCUUGUUCGAUGGAGUCGAUGGCGCAAGCAAGAAACUUUCAGCCACGGAAGCGGACGCUCUGAAGGGCCUGCUGAAUACUGACGGCGGGCAGGAAUGGGAGAAGUAUGACAUCGCAGAUGACAAGGCUGGGGGAAAGCUACUGACAGAGAAGGAGCUGGCGAUCUUGACGGAUAGGAGCGACAAGGCGUACGAGCGCGCUGAGAAGGGUCUGGAUGCUGGGUUGAAGGGCAAGGAAGAGGGUGGAGCGAAAUUCACAGUUGCGUUGACGAGGAGAGAUGGUGCGUUGGAGGAGCUGACUACGAAGAGCGGGACUCGUACCUAG